AAAUCGUAAAGACAGACGAUUGAAUGAUGGGGCAAAAGCACUAUUUGAGAGUAAUUUAAAUGAAUGUGAUGAUGCGUUUUAUAUAAGUGAAGAAUGUUGUGAAUUGGAUAAGAGAAAUCCUCGCAAUCCCGUCAAUAAACCGGUUAAGAAGAAAAGUCAAACUACAUCUACAAAAAAUCAGAACGAUUUCAUGAAUAACUGGAUGAACUAUGUAAAAAUGUUUAUGCCCGAUCAAAAUAAUGAAUCUGUAGACUUUUCACAGAUUAAUUUUCCAUAUAAUUUUAAUCAAAUGUCUAAUUUUAAUAAUAUUAAACUACAAGUAAGUAAAUCAAAUAAAAGAAAUAAAAAACGAAAAGAAAAAGAACAUCAAGUAUUAGAGAUAUUCAAUAAAACUGACUCAACUAAGAAAGAUAAAAAUAAAAUAGUAGAACUGUCUCCUAAGUUCAUCGAAGUAGAAGAAAAAAAAGAACCAGUUAAAAUGAAUAAAGUGACUAGCUCGAUUCCAGAGUCAUCAACGGAAACAUCUGAAAAGGUUGCAAAUAAACAAAAACCAUUAUUAAUAAAUUCUGAAAUCAGUGUGGAAGAAGUACCCAAUAUGUAUCAAAAUGAGAUAAUAGAUUACUACCCAGACUUUAAAAGUGAUGCAAUAUAUACUACAGAUGAAGAUGACUUGUAUUUCUUCCAUAACAGGCACUAUUAUAACACCGAAGAGGCACUCAAUCGUGAAAGACGAAAAUUCGAUCGAAGUGAAGAAAACUCCGAUCAGUCUGGAAGGAAAAGCGGCAACGAUAUUCCUUCGUAUAAAAAAAGCAAUACAAAAGUUAAAAUGGAAGAUCAAUUCCGGACUCCUCCGGGUUUAAGUGAUCCAGGAUUUCAAACAAGAAAAAUAAGUGUGAAAGAUAAGACUGGUUUUUAUUCAUAUCACAUUGAUGACAAAGAUUCAACAAAUUUUAUACCACUGGAAAAAGACGACAAUAGCAUCGAAACAGUCUAUGCCCGUUCUAAAGUUGUUAAAUACGGGAAACCUAGAGAGGUUGAAAAACAUAAAAUAGAUCAGGAAAACAGGAACGAAAGACGUCGAAACGUUUAUUCUAAGGACGGCGAAACAACUAUUGUUUUUUCUAAAGCAUGGAUUCCUGACAAAGUGUAAAGUAAAUGGAGAUGUUUUUCUACAGCAAUUUUUAUAUCCAUACUUUUUUCCUUACCUGCUUAUGUCUUAUGUGUAUUUUAAAAAUAAACAAAGUGCAAUAUUCUGUUAGUAAAGAAAGACAUACCAUUUUCUUUAUGUUAAUUUAACAAGUUAUAAUUUAUUAAAACAUUUUAUAUUGA